GAAUCAUGCCAUGCGACAUGCCCACCCCCUUUCUUACUUACUCCACAUGCCCACAAGAAACCACAAAAUAACCAACAAAUUGCAAUGAAAGAUUUGUCUUGAAGAUUUAAGGACUUCAAUUUAAUACGAAAAAGAACUGAACCGAAUUAAGCAGCCAACGAACUCAGAAAACAACACAUGAUUUACCUCAUGACGGCGACUGACCGACGACUAAACAAAAUUUGUAGGCCUUAUAAAACCUGCAGAAUCCAAUCAACAUCCUCCAAUAAAAUUUCCCAAUGGAUGAACCAUCCUUUCCCUCAUCAAACCUGACCUCCCUCUGCCGCGUCUCCACCGUCCUCACCGUCACCGCCAUCUCCCUCUGGGCCAACUACGAGGCCUCCAAAGGCUUCGACAUCACCGUGGUCGAAAUGCCCAGCGACACCCUCGCCGCUCGCCGCUACAACCUUAUGUUCGUCUCCAAUGGCGGCGCCGCCCGCGCAAUCCUCAACGCCAGCGCCUCUAUCGAGCGAACCCUCUACCCAGACGUCAAGUACUUCCCCAUCAAGAUAAUCAAGUCCGUCACUCUUCGCGUCGCCGACUACAACCUCACCCGUGCCGUGAUCGUCACCGCCGCCACUGGUGGAGGCGGAGAGUAUGUGAUUCACGUCAGCCCCAGCGUCAUUGAGCAGAGAGAUGCUGAGAAGGCGGUGGUGGCUGCGGUAUACACGGGAAUGGCGAGGGUGUGGGUGCGCGAUGGGCGGGGAAUGGCGCCGGCGGAGAUGGUGGAUGCAGUCGUGGGGGAUAUUUGCGGGGCUGCGGGGUUUGGGGGGGAAGUUGGUAGGGGGAAUGUGACGUUUGAGGAUUGGGGAGAAGGCGUUAGGGAUUUCGGCUCGGGUGAUGUGCGCCGGGUUUUGGUCGGGACGGGAUUGGGUUCGGUAGCCGGUUGA